CCAACGAUCGCCGUGAUGUCGACGGCGCCGUCGCCGGUGGGAGUAGCGGUGUCGGCGGAGGUGGAGGCCGCGCUCGCGAGCGGAGGGGCGGUCGUGGCGCUCGAGUCCACCAUCAUCUCCCACGGCAUGCCCUACCCGAAGAACCUGCAGACGGCCAUGGAGGUGGAGGCCAUCGUCAGGGAGAACGGCGCCGUCCCUGCCACCAUAGCCAUUCUGGAUGGCGUGCCACAUGUUGGGCUUAACAGCCAACAGCUCAAGAGACUGGCGAUAAGCGGAACACAGUUUCAGAAGACAGCACGCAGAGAUAUCGCACAAGUUGUUGCCUCUGGUGGCAAUGGAGCUACGACGGUUUCUGCCACUAUGUUUUUUGCUCAAAAGGUAGGAAUACCAAUAUUUGUGACUGGAGGGAUCGGAGGCGUGCACAGACAUGGUGAAAAGACCAUGGACAUCUCCUCUGACUUAACUGAACUUGGGAAAACUCCGGUAGCUGUUAUUUCAGCCGGUGUAAAGUCCAUUUUGGACAUAUCACGGACACUCGAGUACUUGGAAACUCAAGGGGUAACAGUUGCUGCUUACCAAACCAACGAAUUUCCUGCUUUCUUCACGGACACCAGUGGAUGUAAGGCACCAUGCCGCGUUGAUUCCCCAGAAGAGUGCGCCAAGAUAAUAGAUGCAAACAAGAAUAUGCAUCUCGAAUCUGGGAUUCUCAUUGCAGUGCCAAUUCCUAAGCAGCAUGCAGCUUCAGGAAAAAUUAUAGAGUCUGCAAUGCAGCAAGCCCUUAAGGAAGCAGAUGAUAAAAAGAUAACAGGAAAUGCAAUCACCCCCUUCAUCCUUGACAGAGUGAAAGUACUAACUGGAGGAUCUUCGUUGGAAGCCAAUAUUGCACUUGUAAAGAACAAUGCUCUUACUGGCGCUCAAAUUGCUGUAGCCCUUUCUGAUCUCCGGAAGAGAGCAACAAAACGGUCUGUGAGGUCUGCACUAUGAAGGUCUUGCUGAAGGAGUUUGUGAAGUUGAUGAUGCCAGCAGUUGAGCGGAGCUGGACGGCCACCUCUGAAGCCAAGGCUACCAAUUCCUCACACACCGUAUAUCAUCUGCCUCGCCGUGGUUUUCGGAUUUGCACAUCCUGUUAUUGCUUGUAAAAGCUUUUCCUUGUACCUUAACAACUGGAUAAAGAUAUUUACCGGGUUUGCCAUGGUUUGCACGAGUUCAACAGAUUAAGAACAAAUGCCGGCAAUUCAGCUAAAUACUGUCAGGUGGUAUUUUGGCCGGUGUUACCGGCAACAUUAA